CCCUUACCUAAGUAACAGUAGGAAGUUUUCCCAAAGCUUCUAUUUCUCAUUCAGAUGUCAGAAAAAGAUGAAGCAAAACUACUAACUAAUCCUUCUUACAUCUGAAUGGACUUCUUGAAAUUCAGAGACAAAUCGAGACUGUCAAACAAACAAGAUAAUUUACUUAGACAGACGUACAUACAAUUACGUUGAUCUUCAGGAACAAAAAAUAUGGAUGAAUCAGGUAGCUUUACUUUGUGGAAGAUCAUUAGGUAUGAAUAUGUUAGAUGCCUGUGACUCGAUUGAAAUCUUAUAACCCAAGAAAAGAAACAAGGAAAACAAGUCUACAACCUUUCAACAUUACAAAUUCGCAUUAUCUGCAAUAACACUCGUUUAAUCGGAAAUGUCGAGCAGUGGAAAACCCCUCCCGUCAACAACGCUGCCCCGCCUGCCCAUUAUGACAUUCGGAGAGCCCUGGCCGGACUUGAAUGAUGGCUUAACAUACCGUGACCUCAUUCCACCUCCUCACGCUGGUCUUUACCAGCCCUCCGAAUCCUUCACUUAUAUGAGGCUAGUAAUGUUUUUGGCACUCCUGACAAUUUUUCGUUCUUUAUUUUUUAUUUUUUGGCUGCCCAACAAUUUAACAGGUUUGACAGUGAUCGAGUACUACUCCAAAAAGUACAAGAAUUCAGCUCCCGUUCAGGGUUGGUUGCAGAGAAUAAAGAACAAACAGAUUAAGGUUGAUGGUGCUGUUAUCACUGAUCCCAACACAAUCCUCAGAGCUGGCUCAGAACUCGUCUAUCACCGGCUUCCUUGGAAAGAGCCUCAUGCACCUUACCUCCUAGAGGUCCUGUUUGAAGACAAUGAUCUGAUUGCUCUUAAUAAACCCUCCGGUCUUCAAGUUCUUCCUGGAGGACUCUUCCAGCAGCGGACUGUAUUGUCACAACUUGAGUGGCGCGCAAACAAGGGAACUUCUUCAUGUAAACAACCACAUGCUGUACCUGUUCAUCGCCUUGGAAGGGGCACAUCAGGAGUAUUGCUUUGUGCAAAGACAAAGUUGGCAAAAUCUUGCCUUGCAGCAUACUUUGCUGAUGGGACAUCAGCUGUCGGGAAUGAAAGUUGCAACAAUGCACGAUUCAAUUCAACAAGGAAAAUUUCAAAAUUUUACCGUGCUUUAGUAAAUGGGAUAAUUGAUCAGGAUCAGGUUGUUAUAGACCAGCCAAUUGGAUUGGUUAAAUAUCCUGGUGUAGCCAAAGGGCUGUAUGUUGCUUCUGCUUCAGGGAAACUGGCUCUGAGCAAGGUUAGCAUUCUGGAAAGGAAUGUGAAGAAUAGUUCCACAUUGGUCCAGGUGGAAAUUCAAUCUGGAAGGCCGCACCAGAUACGUAUUCACCUUUCUUUCAUUGGGCACCCAUUGCUAGGUGAUCCUCUUUAUGUUGCUGGGGGCCAACCAAGUUGCUUUGAUCCUGAAUUCAUAGAUGAAAGCUUUGCUCAGGAUGGAGGAUAUCAGAGACCUGAGAAUCCAGUUCCAGGGGACUGCGGAUAUCAUCUGCAUGCACAUCAGUUGUUUCUUGCUCACCCCACUACACAUGAGCCGAUCAAGAUUGUCGCACCACUUCCCUCUAUUUUGCAGACAGAGGAGGAAGAGUGCAGAAGUUGAUAUUGGAAAUGAGCCGAUGAACCUCUCUGUCUAAAGGCUGGUCUACUAUUAUUAUCACUCCGGAGAAUGAGUAGCUUGUCAAUUCCAACUCUUGUUAUGGCUUGUCGGCGAAUUGGAUAAAGUUAACAUAUACUGUAGUAAGUUUCUGCUGAUGAUGGUAUGCUAUCGGUUGCUUCAUUGAUGACGUCACCCUCUGCUGAAAUAGUCCCAGUCGGCAAACCUCCCAUUAAAUGCUGGUUUUCCUUUCUUUUUUGUAUUUGCUAAAUUCCUGAAUUUUCUGCUCCUGCUUCAUCAUUACAUACACCUUUAAAUUCUUUCAUAUAUACAUACCCAAAGCAACCAACUGAUACUACUCUUC